CCAUUCAGAGGUGUCCCUGGGUCUUCUGACUGGCCCUUUCUUCUGUCUGCAUAGGUGUAGACGGGGCACUGCCUAUAGAGCAGGUCCUGCCAGCCUCACGGGAGAGGAUGCCCCCGUGUCCGUGAUGGGCUGUGGGACAAGCAAGGUCCUUCCUGAGCCUCCCAAGGAUGUCCAGCUGGAUCUCGUCAAGAAGGUGGAGCCCUUCAGUGGUACUAAGAGUGAUGUGUAUAAGCACUUCAUCACAGAGGUUGACAGUGUUGGCCCUCCCAAAGCUGGGUUUCCAGCAGCUAGUCAGUGUGCAAAUCCCAGCUCUGGUGUCCCCACUACCAGCCACACAGAGCCUCCCUCAGAACCACCACGCAGGACCAGGGUAGCUAAGUACAGGGCCAAGUUCGACCCACGAGUGACAGCCAAGUACGACAUCAAAGCCCUGAUUGGCCGAGGCAGCUUUAGCCGAGUGGUACGUGUGGAGCACCGAGCAACCCGGCAGCCAUAUGCCAUCAAGAUGAUUGAGACCAAGUACCGGGAGGGGCGGGAGGUGUGUGAAUCGGAGCUGCGCGUGCUGCGCCGGGUGCACCAUGCCAACAUUAUCCAGCUGGUGGAGGUGUUUGAGACACAGGAGCGUGUGUACAUGGUGAUGGAGCUGGCCACUGGCGGAGAGCUCUUUGACCGCAUCAUUGCCAAGGGUUCUUUCACUGAGCGUGAUGCCACGCGGGUGCUACAGAUGGUACUGGAUGGAGUCCGGUAUCUGCACGCACUGGGCAUCACACACCGAGACCUCAAGCCUGAGAAUCUGCUAUACUACCACCCAGGCACAGACUCCAAGAUCAUCAUCACUGACUUUGGCCUGGCCAGUGCUCGCAAGAAGGGUGACGACUGCCUGAUGAAGACCACCUGCGGCACGCCUGAGUACAUUGCCCCUGAGGUCCUGGUCCGCAAGCCCUAUACCAACUCAGUUGACAUGUGGGCGCUGGGCGUCAUUGCCUACAUCCUGCUCAGUGGUACCAUGCCCUUUGAGGAUGACAACCGCACACGACUGUACCGGCAGAUCCUCAGGGGCAAGUACAGUUACUCAGGGGAGGUGAGUCUGCCCUGUUCUGGGGAUAUUGGUAGGCCCCUGAGAGGGGGUAUAUCCUGCAGCUCUCAAUCAGGGGGAUAUGCUCCAAGGGUCAUAUUCACAGGGUCAGGCAGGUAACAUAAAAACAGUGAAGUCAGACUAGUGGGGUGGCCUAGUUUGGGUUCCCCUGAAAAGUGAGCCCUGAGACAAGGAUUUGGGAGCAGAUUGUUAAUUAGAAUGUGAUUCCAGUAAGCACAAGUGAAGGGUGGGGAAAGCCAAUUAAGGGUUUAUGAAGGAGGGGAUGGCCACAAUGGGCCACUGGAACUCAGUCCCACUGGAGGCCCUGUGAAUGACCAUGUAGAAUGUGCUUCAGAAUUGUACCACCGAGGGGCCGGAAAGUGGGUGGUUUUCAGUCCACUGACUCCUAUAUGAGUUGAGAGUUUCUUUGGGGUCCUUGAAGCACUGGCACUUCCAGGCUGUCUUGAAUGCCAGUUGUUGCUGGAGGAAGUUGUCAGGUCAAGAAGCAGAGAGGUCAGGCACUGGCAG